UUACCAACCAUUAGAUUCCUCACAGCUCAGAAUGAGGGACUCGAUCUCCCUUGUCAGCCAGUCGUCAGUGUUUCAGGCCAGCCAUUCCCCUGCGAAACCCAAUGCCUGGGCAUGUAAAAGGAUCACUUAGAAUCCAGGCCCAAAGCCCUACCUUAGGGCACACACUUAUUUUUUUAUUUCUUCCCAUUCAGAGCAUUGUUUCUAAGCAACAGAAGAAAGCUUCAGUCUUGUACGAAGCAGAAGCAGUAGCCUAGUCUCCUUCAGCUGCAGCAGGGCAAAGGAGAAACAACAGCAUCAAGAAUAAAUUCCAUCCUAAAGCUACCACGAGAUAGAGAGAUUCCAAAGCCACGAUCCUUUUAAUAAUCAUUGUACAAGACAGAGAGUCUGACGCAGGCUGGAUCUUAGUAAGCAGUCUGAGUUGUGGCAGCCUCCCCCCCAACUAGAAAACACCCCCCAUCCAUGGAAAGGAAACGUCUAAAAAAAGAGAUUGAAAAACUCCUAGGCGAUUAUGUCGGCAUCAGACUUCGGGAAAAUGAAUUCGACCCGAAAGGAAGACAGCAGCCCACCUUUCUCGAUGACAUGGCUCAUUACGACUUGGCCAUCAAUGUUGCUUUGCUGUGGUUGAAUGAUUCAGAAGCCCAAAGUCCUUUGGCAAAAGGGAAAAGGAAUUUGCCGCUUCACAGCAGAUACAUCUAUCCCAACCGAACUGAGAGAGAAGCCAUGAUUUUAUCAUUUUAUGCCGGGAUCUUAAUGAACAGCAUCCCCAUUGAAGACGUCUUUGAGAUUUACAGCACGGGGCCCUCAGCAACACGCUGGCACCGCUCUGCCAAAUGGUGCCUAGAGGGUAUGGAGUUGACCUGGAGCCUGCAUUGUGCCAGACACUGUGCAGACAACGAGAGAGUGAGAAAAUUCCAGCCUAUAAUUGGGGAUUCAAAUGUCAUCAUAAAGCCACAUUACCUGGAGGGAGUUGCAGUUGCUGAGGGUCACCGGAUUCACCCUUUCAACCUCUCAUUGCAUCCUUUUGCCAUGCUGACAGCCCCGAAAGCUGCGGAACAUGCCUGGAAACAGAGUGUCAAGUUUCAAAAGGCAGCAGCAAAUCAACAUGCCACCACCAAUUCAACAAGAACAAAUAAGGACUGCAAGCGAUCAGAAUCUCCAUCAACAGCAAAACAGCCGGACAACAAAGGGGCUAGAAAACAGUUUAAGCAAGGAAUCUUUCCAGAGGAGCUUGCAACAAAGAGUGGAAGGAAGGAAGAGGAGAUGUAACAAGAAGCCAGAUCUCAUGACUCUUACCCAAGACAGUGCUGUGCAAUUCAUUUUGCACAGGGGAGUGGGGAAGGUUAGUCCCUAGAUUUUGGUGAGGCAGGUGUGCUACUUUUGUAUUUGAAUGGCUGUUUUAGCCCCCUUGGCUCUGUUAUGGAAACAGGCUGCCUACCUCAAUGUGGGGCAUAUUAUCCUCAAGUUCAUCUUUAAGUGUUACUGUUCCUUUCCAUAUUAGUUGCCAUUUGAUUUCUUGAAGGGGUAAGCUAAAGUUAGCAGUUGUACUCCUAGUUUUCAACACAGCUUUCACAUCGUAGCUUAGCAUUUCUCCUUCACCUUUUCUGUAUCUUUAAUAGCUCACUCCCAUGCUGAUGUAGGCCCUGAUUCAGGAAAGACCUUGAGCACGCUAACAAGACCAUCUCUGUUCAGCACAGCAAGUGCUUAAGUCCCAUUAAGUCAAUGGGACUUCAGUGAUUUGCAGAAUCAGGAUGCCUUGCUCAAUCAGGGCCACAGGGCCUGACCCAGUUCCUAUUGAAGGCAAGGAGAGGUUUUCCUUUCUUUAAUAUGAAUUUUAUUAGACCCAAUCUUAGUAGAAAUUCUCAUUGAUAAGGGAUGUUUAUGAUGCUAUGGACAGAGUGAUAUCGUUAUUCUUUAUGUUUUAUCUUGCACAUUAAAAUGCUAUAGUGUUAAAAACAAAUUACUAAGAAUGGCUAGAGGAUAUCCCUCUGUAAAGACAAAUGUCUCAGAAGUUCCUAGCUAUGCUGGUAUAUUGUACAGUUGUAUUAAUACAUGCCCCAAGUAUGGUUUGUAUACUAACUUUAUGUAUACAAAAGAAAAUAAAACCUUUGAAACAUGGGG